GUGUCCCGUUGUCAUGGCUACUGUGUUACCAAUUUUGUAGCUAGAAAUUAUGUGGAAAGUGACAUGCUUUCAGUAACAACAAGUGAUCUAGACAGACGUGGUAUUAAUGGAUGAAGAGGGGAAGCAAUCAGAUCAAUCUCACUUUACCAUGAAUCUCUGAAAAAGUUUUGUUUUACAAAGACUGUAGACUUUGUUUUACAAAGAAAUGGCAGAUAUCCUUCACAACACAGAUGAACUGGGAAGUGUUUUAAUCCAGGUUCAAGAUGAUUUGAAAAAACUGAAGCGUAGUCUUGGCAGGAUUACACUUCAUGAAAAAGGAGAAACAUUUAACAUCAAAGCUUUGGACACUGCCAUUCACAGGACCGAAAAUGGAAUCAGAAGGCGAGCUGAAGAGUAUUUAAAGACAGUGAAUAAACAGGUGCUGACACUUCCAAGCAUCGAAGACUUGGAAAAAAAGAAAGUUCAGAUAUCCAAAUGGAAACCAUCUCUUGAGAGUAUCCCAGACAUGCGCCCUCAAAGAGGGCAGGGUGUGAUGCCUUCAGCUGGGGAGAAGCACAAGGCGGCAUUGACGAUGCGCUUGCUUUGUAAUCCCGUUCACCCAAAGAACAGAGUUGUCAUGCACCAGAGCUAUGGAAUACAGCUUCCUGACCUGCCCAAAAGAUCAACCAUCUCAGUUCCAUCACACAAAGUAGUCACAGGGCCCACCGUGGGAAGUCUAUCCAUCGUGCCAGGGGCCACGCGCUGCAACCUCUACUUGGCUCCCCCACUGUCUGAGGAUGACAUGAAAGCAGGCAUGGCGAGUCUCGUGGAGAAGGGUUUCCCCCUGUCAGCUGCAGAACUAUGUUUGUUUCAGACCUCUGUGCAUCCAAAGGCAGCUCCUCUCCAUCACAGAGAGCAGUCCUCUAAGACCGCUUCACCAGAGAGGACGUCCAAGUGUCUGAAGGAUUUUACUUUGGGUAAGGAGAUGACGAAAGCUGAACACGAACGGCCACCCACCUGGACCCACACCCCUCCCCCCUCCGCCGCCUCCAAGACCUCCAACCAACGGCACCUGUCGCAAGGCGCUGCCCGACUCGCGUCUCUCAACCCUCAGUGUCGGCCCUCUCCAGCUCCCCUGGUCAUCAGUAAAUUGUCCUUUGUCAUCACAGAGGGGCGGAUCAACCCCACAGCACCUGAUUUCUGCUGCUUCAAGCAGCACUACUGCCUGAGCUGGAGCACCGUGGUGGAGGCUCUGUGGAGCCUGGAGAGGCUGCUCCGGGAGUUUGCUGUGCCCAGGGCGCAGGUGAACGGGAGGCGCUUGGUGGAGCUGGCCCAGGGUAGGGGGCCGGCCCAGGGUAGGGGGCCGGCCUGGGCCGGAGGUGGCGGCAGCUCUGUGGAGCGCCUCCUCUCUGUGUUGGAGAACAGGGAGGAGGUGUGGGACCUGGUGUACCGCCCAGGUCAGCGCUACAAGGGGGAGGGCGGCACAGAAGUGGCCGCAGUCCGCAUCCAGUCCUGCUGGAGGCGGCACACCGCCCGUGCUGCCUACCUGCUUCACCGCAAGCGUAAAUGGGCAGCAGGGACCAUAGCCAUCUCCUGGCUGAUGCACGCUCAGCUGGGCCGUGUCAGGAAGGCCCUGCAGGCAACACGCCUCAGACACCUGGAGAACUUCCGCACCAGAGCCCAGCAUCUGGCAGCCAACUGGAAACACAUCCAGUCUUCCUGGAGGACCAUUAUCCACAUCCCCUCAUUAGGCUACCCGCAUCCCCAUCGCUUCAGCCUGAAGGGCUUCGACAUCCUGCAGAACAUCCAGAUGGGUCGUCUGUGUGACGUGAGGGAUGAGAAGGUGCAGGUGAUCUAUGUGUCUCCGGUGAACCUGGGGGAGGAUCUGGCCCUGUACUACACCAGACUGCUGAGCCUGCAGGGGAGCAGGGAGGGGGACGGGGAGGGGGGCAAGGCAGGGCCCGCUCAGGCCCCCUGCGUCGAACGCUUCACCAUCAUCACGCCUGACGCUCUGGAAUACUUCCCGACCCACAACAUGUGCCUGUCCACGCUGCUCAAGUACAGCCCCCACACCCUACGGCGCAUCCAGAACCUGAUCCAGGGCAAGCGGGCCUACAUAGUGGGCGGGGUGGCCCACGUGGACGACCUGGCCGUGGCUGACGAGCUGGGGGUGGCCAUCCUGGGCCCGGAGCCCGCUGUGGCCCAGCUCUACGGCACCAAGUCUGGAGGCAGGAGGGUCUUCACCAGUGCCGAGGUUGACGUCUCCCCCGGCCAGUGGGACAUCUACUCCUUACAGCAGCUCCACGACACCCUCGCCCGGCUGAUGACGGACAACAUGGACGUGCGGCGCUGGCUCUUCAAGAUGGACGCGGAGCUGGGGGGUCGAGGCACGGCGUUCUGCGACGUGUCCCACCUGAGCUGCUACGCCUGGGCCCAGCAGGAGUUCCAGCGCCACGGGCCUCAACGCUGGAGGACCGCCUGGGCUCAGGAGGUGGUUCUAAUCAAGUACCUGGAGGAGGUGCCAGUGUGGUUGGCUCGUCACGCCAGGCCUGUCCGGACCUCAUGUUACCCAAACUGGGCUGUCUUCCUGGAGGACUUCCUCAGACAAGGUGGAGUGGUGGAGGCCUACCCCCCCUCUGACAGUGUGACCUGCCUGACAGUAGACCUGCUGCUGGAGCCUGGGGGGGAGGUGACCAUGCUGUCCUGUGGAGACCAGCUGCACGGCCCCAGCGAGCUGGAGGCCGCGGGCUCCUCGGUACCCCAGAGCUCCGUGUGCCCGGACGUCCUGCACUCCGUCUGCAGCAGUGUGGGCCGGGCCUGCCUCAGACGCCACAUCCUGGGCUACGUCUCCUUGGACCUGGCCACAUUCCUCGACCCCCGAACCCUGGAGCAGAAGGUGUGGCUCAUUGACUUGGACCUGACCUACAGUAACCAACUGGCCAUGACCCAGGUGAUACUCAGCAUCACUGGUGGAACACUGAAUUGCCGCACAAGCCGCUUGGAAGUGCCUGUACCAGUCAACGAGAAGACUUCCUCACACCAGAAAGGAGCUAAACAACACACUGCUCCAUCACUGAGCAGCCGCUAUGCUGUUAUUGGGAGCAGGUUGCUUCACACGAACCUCUCCAUGGUGCAUUACAGUGUGUUCUUCCAGAUGUGCAAGGCUCAUGGAAUCGGCUUUGACAUAAAGGAAAAGCAAGGCACUGCCUUUGCUCUUCAUGACAGCAAUGAAAGAUACAGCCUUGGGAUGAUAACAAUUUCAGAGGAUCUCCAGGGAGCCCUACUGACCUUUGCUCGGAAUCUGUCAGUCAUUCAUCAGGAAAUAUCAGCCCCUAACAUGCAGGGAGAGACCAAUUUUAAGGAUCUGAUCAAGGACAUAGAAAACGUGUUGGGGGUGACUGUUCAGAACAAAUCCCAUGCAACGAAGGAAGAAGACACAACUGUUGUUCAAUCUAAACUGGAUCACUGACAUUCCGUAAUUCAAUCAAUUCAAAUCAACAUGUUGAGAACAUGCUUCAAUAUUAGGCAGUUUAAGCACUGUAUAUUUAACAACAUUAAAUGUUUAACAAGGAAAAUUAUGCUACAAUUAUUCAUUUUAGUCAUUUACUCAUUUAGUAAUUUAUACCUCACAACUUCAAUUUAGAAAUGCAUUCUAUAUAUUACUAGGAAAUGUAGUCUGGUUCAUCUUUUUUUUUUUUUUUUGCACAAAUCUUCAUCUGCUUAAAGAAAAAAUGUACUGUUCCACAAUAAAAUCCUAAAUGCAGUGAUCAGCUUUGAAGUUGCAGCAGUGCUGCCUGCCACCAUGCCAAGAAUCGGGAACGCAAGUUCGCAUGUUAACGUUUUGCCCGGAAUCUAUAGAGUGUCGGUACAACAACGUCUAGCUUGUAAUAGACGCUGCAGCUCAAUGAAUAUCAAAAGAAGUACAAUUACCUACUGCUACUAUUCUUAUUGACAAAAGUAAAGGGUUUACAAUAAAUGUUAGGUGUAUAAUGUAGCCCGUUACAUUUAGCAAGAAAACGUUAGCCCUCGGUUGUUUUUCAGUCUACACAGAUGGACAGUCGUGGUGGAUAAUUAAUGUCACUUCAUUGCCGAUUAGGUAUGAAAGACAUUUUACGUCGGAUACAUACAACAUUUCUCAAAGUUAUAUUGUUUC